AUGCGCUCUCCGCCCGUCUUCUUCCCCUCACUACCACCCAAGAUGGCCCCGCCAUGGCGGCGCCGCGGCCGCGUCUGGAGCCGCGCCCGCAGCUCCGCCUUCUGGUCCACGGUCCGCGACAAAUCCCUGGGCGGCCGCGAGUGGAGCGAGCGCUUCCGUUUGCUCCCGGACACCUUCGACGCUUUGAUAUCGCGGCUGAGGGCGACGAUCGGCCGCCGCGACACCGCCAUGAGGCGCGCGGUGCCCGCCGAGGUGCGCCUGGCGCUGACGCUGUGGCGGCUCGGCGCCGUCACCGAGUACCGGGCGCUGGAGGCCGCCUUCGGCGUCUCGCGGAGCUCGGUCUGCAAAAUCCUGCGCGACGUCUGGGAUGGGGGGAGGGGGAGAAAUCAGGAGGGCUCUGAGCCAAAAUCGGAGCUUUUGGGGUCGAAAUCCCAAAAUCCAGCGGAUUCCAGCCCGAAAUUCCAAACCUCGACGGAUUCCGACCCCAAAUCCCAAAUCUCGACGGAUUCUGACCCAAAAUCGGAUCUUUUGGGGCCGAAAUUUCGAAAUGUGGGAGGUUCCAGCCCGACGUUCCAAAUCUCGACGGAUUCCGACCCAAAAUCCCAAAUCUCGAUGGAUUCCAACCCAAAACCCCAAAUCUCGGCGGAUUCCGACCCCAAAUCCCAAAUCUCGAUGGAUUCCAACCCAAAAUCCCAAAUCUCGACAGAUUCCGACCCAAAAUCGGAACUUUUGGGGCCAAAAUUUCAAAAUGUGGGAGAUUCAAGACAGAAGUUCCAAAUCUCGAGAGAUUCCGACCCAAAAUCGGAACUUUUGGGGUCGAAAUUUCAAAUCUCGACGGAUUCCAGGAGGAAAUCAGGAAAUCCAGCGGAUUCCAGCCUGAAAUUCCAAAUAUCAGCGGAUUCUGACCCAAAAUCGGAACUCUUGGGGUCAAACGUUCAAAACCCAGCGGAUUCCAGGACAAAUUCACAAAUCUCGAUGGGUUCUGACCCAAAACCCCGAAUCUUGAAGGAUUCUGACCCAAAAUCGGAACUUUUGGGGUCGAAAUUUCCAAAUCUGGAAGAUUCCAGCCCAAAACCCCAAAAAUCGACGGAUUCCGACCCAAAAUUGGAACUUUUGGGACCAAAAUUUCAAAUUCCAGUGGAUUCUGACCCCAAAUCCCAACUUUUGACGGAUUUUGCCCCAAAUUUGGGCCAGGAAUCCCCGAGCCCGCCGGGAAUUCCCGAGAGGAGCCGCAGGAGGAGGAAAAUCCCGGCGGGAAACGCCCGAAAAUCCCCAAAAACGGGAAAAUUCCAGCCCGGGAAUCCCAAAAAUCCCCGAAAUUCCUCAAAAACGCCUCAAACCCCCUGGGAAAAUUCCGGAACUCCGGCCAAAAAAUGCAGGAAUUCGGAAAAUUCGGGGGAAAAUCUCUCAAACUCCUCAGGAAAUGCAGAAAUUCUGGGGGAAAACGUUGAAAAUCCCCAAAUUUCGUUGGGAAAUUUCCAAUUUUCGUCAGGAAAUUCCCAAAUUUUGCCAGAAAACCCCCAAAAUUCCCAAAUUCCGUCAGAAAAUUCCCAGAAUUUAUUCAAAACUUCCCAGAUUUCACCUGGAAGCUCCCAAAAUCCCCAAAUGUUUUUGGAAGACUCCCCAAAAUCCCCGAUUUUCUCGGAAAACCCCCAAAUCCCGUUGGGAAAUCCCCAAAUUUCAUUGAAAAUUCCCCAAAUUCCGCCUGAAAGUUCCCAAAAUCCCCAAAUUUCACCCCAAAUUCCAUUGGGAAAUUUCCAAAAUUCCCAAUUCCCGAAUUCUUCCGAACCCCCAAAUUUGGAGAAUCCCCCCCAAAAUCUCCCCCCAAAAUUCCCAAAAUUUCAAGAAAAAUUCCCGGAUUUGCCCCAAUUCUCCAAUUCCCAAAAUCUCCCGAAUUUCCCCCAAUUCCCGAAUUCCUCCCAAUCCCCAAACUCGGAGAAUUUCCCCCAAAAUCUCCCGGCUUUCCCCCACUUCCCGAAUCUCCCGGAGUUCCCCAAUUCCCCGGAUUUCUCCCCAAAUUCUGCGCCCUCCCCCCUCCCCCGCCUGGCCGGGGUCCUGGCGCGCCUGCGCGUUCCCAUCCGCGCCCCUGCCGGCUCCUCUCGCGAUACCCGCGGCUGCUCUCGCGAUACCCGCGGCUCUUCUCGCGAUACCCGCGGCUCCCUUCGCCAUAUCCGCGGCUCUUCUCGCGAUACCCGCGGCUCCUCUCGCGAUACCCGCAGCUGCUCUCGCGAUACCCGCGGCUGCUCUCGCGAUACCCGCGGCUCCUCUCGCGAUACUUGCGGCUGCUCUCGCAAUAGCCGCGGCUGCUCUCGCGAUAGCCGCGCGGGGGGGGCGGGGCUGACGCUGCAGGCCACCGUGGACGCGCGCGGCUGCCUCUGGAACGUGGAAUUCCAGCGGCCGGGAACGAGCGUGCGCGCGUCCGCGCUCUUCCGCUGGAUGCAGAGCCGCUGGGCCGGGGAAAACACCGCGGGGGGAAACGGGGAAAAUGCGGGAGGAAAUGGGGAAAGAAACGGGGGUUUUGGGGGGGAAAAUGGGGGAGAAAAUGGGGGGAAAUCCGAGGAUUUUGGAGGGGAAAAUGAGAAAAAACCCGGGGGUUUUGGAGAAAAAAAUGGGGGAAAAUCCGGGGAUUUUGGGGGAGAAAAUGGGGAAAAACCCGGGGAUUUUGGGGGAAAAAAUGGGGGAGAAAAUGGGGAAAAACCCGGGGGAAAUGAGAAUUUUGGGGAGAAAAAUUGGAAUUUUGGGGAAAAGUCCGCGAAUUCGGGGGGGUUUGCCGGGAAAAACGGGGGAGAAAAUGGGGAAAGAUCCGGGGUCCGGGCAGUUCGGGUGGGCUCUCGGGCAGUUCGGGUGGGAAUUGGGGGAGUUCGGGUGGGAGUUCGGGAUAUUCGGGUGGAAAUUUGGGAAGUUCGGGUGGGAGUUCGGGAUGUUCGGGGGGAGGGGCGGCCGCUGGGGGUGGGGGAGGGGCGCUUUAACCGGGGGGCGGCGCUGGCGGCGCGGGGGGCCCGGGGGGCGCUGCGGCGGCUGCGGGGCCGGUGGCGCUGCCUGGGGGACAGGAACGACACCGAGCUGCGCUUCCUGCCCACGCUGCUGCUCAGCUGCGUCCUGCUGCACAACCUGUGCCAGCUCCGCGGGGACCCCCUGCCCCCCGGGACCCCCGAGAGCCCCGGCAGCCCCGGGAGCCCCGAGCUGUGCCCCGAUCUGCCCGGGUCCUGCCCCAGCUCCGGCCCCCCGAGCCCCUCCGGGGACACCGAGGAGGGCAGGAGGCUCCGGGCGGCCGUGGCGGCGGCGCUCGAGGGGUCAGGAGCCCAAAUCUGGGGGUGA